AGAGAGAGAGAGAGAGAGAGAGAGAGAGAGAUGGUCUCAAGAGAGCAGCACAAGAGAGCAGCCCUGCAUGAGAAGCUUCAGCUUCUUCGUUCGGUCACUAAUUCUCAUGCACUAAACAAGAAAUCCAUUAUAGUAGAUGCUUCAGAGUACAUUGAAGGUUUGAAGCAGAAGGUUGAAAGAUUGAACAGAGAAAUUUCAUAUGCACGAAAUAUAAUUUCUGGAGAAAACAAUAAAUAUACUCCAAUGGUCACUGUUGAACCUUUAGAGAAGGGAUUUCUAAUUAAUGUAUACUCUCAGAAGAGCUGUCCAGGUUUGCUUGUCUCUAUUCUUGAAGUCUUUGAAGAUUUAGGCCUCAAUGUUCUUGAAGCCAAUGCUUCCUGCACUGAGACUUUUCGUUUGGAAGCAUUUGGAGCAGAGGAAGUGAUGGAAACUCUGGACGCUGAAGUGGUGAAACAAGCAGUGCAUCGUGCAAUCAAGAACUGCACAGAAAGUGAUGCAGAUAGUGAGGAAUAAAUCAAGAUGAUCAAGCACCUGAUUUAGAUCUCAUUACAAUAUUAUUUCUAUUUUCGUCAUUUUGAUUAGUAUGAUUUUGUAAUUUCGAAGAAGUUUUCGUUCAAAAAAUCUGUUGGAGUGCCGAAGAAAGAUUUGUCUCUUCUCAAUAUGCCGAUGGAUUACAUAUGUAGCUUUUGGAAAUUAAUAUGUAUCUUUGCAAGUUGUAUAA